AUGUCUUUUGUUGUAAGGCCGCCUCCAGGGGCAGGGCCUGUUAUAGAUGAGAGAGAAGCUCCUAGGGGUUCAGGGACUCGUGGUUAUGAUGUAAUUAUUAGGACAAACAUACAAACCAUCAGGAGCAACCUGCAAAGCAUUGAAGUUAAUUUAAGGAAUUUAAAUAGGAAUUUAAUAUCCCGAAGAAUUGUUGAAUCUUUGCAUGCAAAAUUAAAACAAACUUUUGAUUUUAUUCUACAAACAGAAGCCGCAUUCAAUUCUUGGAUGGAGGAGCAGAAAGAAGGAGAAGGAAGAGAAGAAGAUGUUAUAGAAAGACAAAAAGAUAAAUUCCUCUUUGAGACUCUCUUCAAUCAUUUCCAGGCAGAGUUUUUGCAGCAUCAGCUCCAGCAGCAACAGCAGCAGCAGCAGCAGCAGCAGCAGCAGCAGCAGCAGCAGCGGCAGCAGCAGCAAAUAAAAUAUAAAUAG